AUGACUCUCAAACGUGUGGUCAUUUUUACCUCAUUGGCGGCUCUGCUCUUUGGCUCAGCCGCAACACUGUCGCUGUACGAUUUGGUGGUCAAGAGAAUUCAGUGCACGGAACUCAUUGAGAACUACAUUGAUAAUUCUUGCACGGUGAAUUUGAAAAAUCGCUCAACGACGUACAUUCAGAUAAACGUGACUCCGCACUACGAUUUGGUGGAUCCCAUAAUCAGGAUAACAUUCUAUAAGCGCUUUGUUGUGUACCGGAAAUUCCUCAUCGAUGUCAGGGAGGAUUUUUGUGGGCUCAUCAAGGAGGGAAAACCGGCGCCAGUCAUCAGUAUAAUAUGGAAAACGCUGAACAAGGGCUCUAAUCUGGCUGAGGGUUGUCCAAUGGUCAAAGUAAAGCUGCUUCACUUGAAUAUUCCGAUGUAUUUAUGGCUAAAUGAUGCCUAUUUUCCACAGGAUACGCUCUACUACGUCAAAGACUACGUCUUUGAUGUGUCUCACUUCCCUCCGGGCUUGCCAACAGGUGACUAUCGCAUUGAUAUUGAGAUGAAUAACAGUGCGGAUGGGAAGGACUUCAUAAAGAUUGAAAUUUUCAUCGUGCUGACCCGAAAGCCAGCCUCAGACAUUGAGUGGAGCUAA